UUUGAUCAAAUUUAGGGUGAUAUGUAAUUCCAAGUAUUUAGUUAUAACUACAGUUUUUUUCUGCCAGAAAUAAGAGUUAUCAUUUAUUUUAAAAUAAAAAAAAGGUGCUUAUUUUGUUUGAAUUGUCUUUUUCCUUAAAUACUUUCGGGCCUAUUUGUUUAUUAUGUCUUUACAAUUGGGCUGAAACCCGCCCCGCCUUGCCCCAUGAUCUGGUUUUUCUUCUGCGAAUUGCGAUAGCUUCAAAACUCAAGAGGGUCGGAAAUCAGACCAGGCAUCGCUGAACUGACAGAAUCUUCUUCUGCAAAUUAUGGCUGAAGUUUUCGUUUUCAGAAACAUCUCCUCCUUUUCUCUCUCUGUUCUCUAUGCCCUAUUUCUAAUUUCAAAUCCCUCUUCCUCUCUCUCAUUCACUCGAACCCUACCAAACAGCCCCAACUUCGAUUCCGAAACUGCCCUCUUCGGCGACGCCUGGUUGAUCAACGUCGACAACGGCCCGCCUUGCGUGGAACUCACGCGGCCAUCAACCUCGAGCACCGGGCUUCUCAUGCGGACAGAACCGUUCAAGUUCCUGGAUGCAAAAAAGCCGACCUCUUUCUCUACGGAGUUCUCGUUCUCGAUCUCCCCUGGUAAAAGUAGCGAUGAGGGUAAUGGGGACGGCAUUGUUUUCAUUUUCGUACCCGGAGAAUCAUGGUCAAAAUGGUCGAUGGUUGAAGGAGGCUCAUUCGCGCUCUCCAAAGAAAACAGAUUGACGGGCAAUUUAGGUGACCAGCACGCCGAUGACGUAGAAAUCAGUUUGAACGACUUCGAUUCCUCUUUGAACUUGGUGCUAAAUAAUGGAGACAAGUUCAAGUCUUGGAUCGAUUACGAUGCGAGUUCGAAGAGACUGGAGGUUAGGCUGAGUAAAUCCGGGGACGCGAGACCGUACAGUCCAAUAAUUUGGCGUGCGGUUGAUUUGGCUGGAAUGUUGGGGGACGAGGACGUGCGCGUGGGCAUAGCUUCGCGGAACGGGAACUCGUCGCAGAGCGCGAGCGUAUAUUCGUGGAGCUUUAGGGUGCGAAAGUAUCCGUAUUCGAUGCACUCGUUUCCGGUGGAUCCGCAAGGAUAUGUAGUAAAGGAGGAGGAGGAGGAGCGCGGCGAGCGGGUGAGGAAGGUGAAGAGGAGUGGUUGUGUGCUGACAAUGAUGAGAGGGUUGAUUUUGGCAACGGUGUUCGGGGCGUUGGUGACUUUUGGGGCUCUGUUUUUGUGGGGGAUGCUUGUAAGUAGGCGCGAGGCUGGCUGUCCUGUCUACGCUGCCGAUUUCGGGUACAAGAAGGUCGAUGUAGUUGUUGAGGAAAAUAGUGAUGGGUUGAAGAAGAACGGGGAUGAAACUAAUGCAUGAGGGACUACGGGCAUUGCUGUGUGAUUGUGUAUUUUUGUUGUUAUGGAAUUGUAGCUUGUGUUACCCUCUCUGCAUGCUAGGUUACUUGGAUGCAGCGAAGAUAUAUCGCUGUUAUAAAUCGUUUGUAACAUUUAUAGCUUUGAUGAUUAGAUUGUCUAGCAUAUCAAA